AUGUCAGAAAGCAAUCCAAUAUUAGAAAAAUCUUUGGAUGAAAUUAUUGGCGACAAAAAGCCAGAAAGAGGGCACCGUGGGCCAAGUAGAGGGGGACCUAGAAGAGGUGGCCCAAGGAACGACAGAUCCGCCAGAGGAAGAGGUGUGAAUAAACCAGAUAGCCGUAACAGUAGCAGAAACAACGCUAGACCUCCACGCCCGUUCAAUCCUAACAGGGCUGUACCACGUGAAAUUGCUUCGCUUGCUGGGUCAAGACCAUUGUUAAGAGUCAAGAACGUCCACCCCGAGUUAACUGGCCAGGAUUUGUCCCAAUUAUUUGACGGAAUCGCUGCAGUCGAGUUUGUCAAGUUUGAUCCUUCCAACGACAGUGUUGCAUACGUUUGCUUUGAGCACAGUAACGCCAAGAAUAACUCAAUUGCGAUCUCCAAGUUUGAUGGUAGAAUGGCCAUGGGCAGAGAAAUAGCAGUGGAGUCAACUACCUCCUUAGCUGACAGAAUAAUCGCUGCUCCUCCUAGAGAGAGAGGAUCAAAGCCAGUGGGUAACAACAGUAGAGACAACGGAAACAAAAAGCCCGCAAAGCAGGCAAAGAAGGAACGUCCGCCUAAGCCAGUGAAGAAGUCUGUUGAUGAUUUAGAUGACGAGUUGAGUGCCUACAUGGCUGGACAGGCAGCUCCAGAACCGGAACAAGCCCCAGCUCAAACUGAGACUGCUACAGUUGAGCAAUCUGAACCAUCCGCUGAUGUCAAUGACGAAAUGACUUUAGAUUAG